AUGGUCGCCAGAGUUUUUUGUCAUGAUUAUCCUAAUAAUCCUUACAUAGAUGCCUUAUACUCUAUCGGAAAUGUUCAUUCAAGGUAUAAGGUAAUAGCACUUGGAUACUAUCCACAAAAUAUUAAAUACACGCAAAAAAGUAGUAGGAGCAUCGUUCAAUAUCAAAUUCCAGAUGGAUACAUCAUAGAAACGGAAGCUGCAAACAAAGCAAUACGUUGUGAAACGAAAUACAUCCCGGUAAAUAAAGUUUUAUACACUAUAAUAUGGAAAGAAGGACGGGCAGAAUAUUCAAUAUCUAGUGAACGAUCAGCAAGUGGGGCAAUAAAUGCUUUUUUAAAGAGAAUUAGCCGAGAAAAUUCUAGACUUUCUGGGAUACAUGUUUUUGGAUUAGAUAUUGAAAUAUUACAUCAAGCACGAACUGAAGAAUUAACUAUAGCAAAAACUACUAAUAUUGACAAAAGAAAGCGACCCCUUAGUGAAGUAUCAGUAUCAUAA